AUGCCGGCGGCACGGAGCAGCGGGCUGCAGCGGUGCUUGCUCCUCGUGGUCGUCACCUGCGGCGCUGGCGUCCUCCCCGCGCCAGCCCAGGCUCUGCAAAGGAUCCCGCUGCGGAGGAUGCCCUCCAUCCGCCAGACGCUGCGGGAGAUGGGCAUGAAGGUGGCGGACGUGUUCCCCGAGCUGCAGCGGGGCGCGCGCCGCGCCGCCACCGUGCCCCGCAACGGGACGGCGCCCACCGUCCUCACCAACUACCUGGACACCCAGUACUUCGGCGAGAUCAGCAUCGGCACCCCGGCGCAGACCUUCAAGGUGGUCUUCGACACGGGCUCGGCCAACCUGUGGGUGCCAUCGCGCCAGUGCUCGCCCCUGUACAGCGCCUGCAUGUCCCACAGCCGCUACGACGCGUCCAAAUCCCGCACGUACGUAGCCAACGGCACCGGCUUCGCCAUCCGCUACGGCACGGGGAGCGUCAAGGGCUUCCUCAGCCAGGACGUGGUCACGGUCUCGGACAUCCCCAUCGUGCAAGUCUUCGCCGAGGCCACGGCGCUGCCGGCCUUCCCCUUCAUCUUCGCCAGGUUCGACGGCGUGCUGGGCAUGGGCUACCCCAGCCAGGCCAUCGAUGGCAUCACGCCCGUCUUCGACCGCAUCCUCUCGCAGCAGAUCCUCAGGGAGGACGUGUUUUCCGUCUACUACAGCCGAGCUUCCAAGAACUCCCCUCUGCAUCCCGGCGGCGAAAUCAUCCUGGGAGGCAGCGACCCAGCCUACUACAGCGGCGACUUCCACUACCUGAGCACCAGCAAAAGCGGCUUCUGGCAGAUCCGCAUGAAGGGUGUUUCCGUGGGGGCUGAAACACUCUUCUGCCAAGAAGGCUGCUCGGUGGCCAUUGACACCGGCGCGUCCUACGUCACCGGCCCGGCCGGCCCCGUGGCCGUCCUCAUGAAGGCCAUCGGGGCGGCCGAAAUGGCCGAGGGAGAGUUCGUCGUGGACUGCGACCGAGUCCCGCAGCUGCCCAACAUCUCCUUCCACCUGGGCGGGAGGGCGUACGGGCUCAGUGGUGCUGCCUACACCCUCCGGCAAUCCCGGUACGGGGAGGACAUCUGCGUGGUGGCUUUCUCGGGCCUGGACAUCCCGCCGCCCGCCGGUCCCCUCUGGAUCCUGGGAGCCACCUUCAUCGGGCACUACUACACCGAGUUCGACCGGCGCAACAACCGCAUCGGCUUCGCCACGGCCCUGUGA